ACACACACACACACACACACACACACACACACACACACACACACACACACACACACUAGGUGGGGUGGGGCAUCCCCUAUCUAUUGCACUCUAGCACACAUACAGAAAAAAAAAAGAAGUAACAACCAAUUUUUUUCAUCUCAGGAGGCUGGAUCUGUGUCUCCUGUGCCCAACCUCCCGUCUCCCUCCCUCUCUCUCUCUCUCUCUCUCUCUCUCACUCUCUCUCUCACCCUCCCUCUCUUCUUUCUCUCUCUCUCUCUCUCUCUGUACUCCAGCCUCCUUGUUUUCCUGCACUGCCCAACCUCUUCUGCAAGCAUUACCUUUUGCAGUAUCUCCCUGCGCUGCAUUACAGAUUCUUCUUUAUUCAAUUUUAAGCAAGAGGGAUUAGGGCACACAGGAGACAUUGCCACUGCACGAUUUAAUUGCCUUCUCGUAUCUACCACUUUACGAUUGCACAUUUUGCAAUGCUUUGCCUGUGGAGGAUGCAUUAGAAGAGAUCUAUGGCUCGUUGAAGGGUAUCCCACCCAAAGCCCUCUCUCUGCUAACAGCCCUGAGACGAGCCCAGUGGAGUACGGGAGCUCCUGCAAUAGUUUGAGGAGUCAUUAUGACCACAGAGGUGGGGGCUGAAACUGAACUCAAUUCUGGACCAGAUGGACCUGCCCAAGAUGGAGUACAUAAUCCUGCGCUACUCCCAACUGACACCCCACAAACACCUGCUAAUAACGUGGACCGGCCAGGAGCUAAUGAGAAUUCACGAAGACCUGUAGAAGAUGACGAGAGGCUUGAUGCAGCGCCAGACAGAACAACACCUUCCCAUACUCAGAGAUCACCACAGAAACUUUCCAAGAAACCCAAAAGUGCACUCUGCAGGGUGACACUGCUGGACUCUUCGCACUACGAGUGUGAGGUGGAGAAACAUGCCAGGGGGCAGGUCCUGUUUGAUACAGUGUGUGAACACCUCAAUCUCCUAGAGAAAGAUUACUUUGGUCUGACAUUCUGUGACUCCGACAGUCAGAAGGUAAUCCUACCACAAUCGACUACUGAUGUCAGGAUCUCUUCAGAUGUGGUUGCACUAAUGAAUUGGCUGGAUCCCUCCAAGGAAAUAAAAAAACAGAUCAGAAGUGGUCCCUGGACAUUUGGCUUCACAGUGAAGUUUUAUCCUCCUGAUCCAGCACAACUCACAGAGGAUAUUACAAGGUAUUAUUUAUGCCUACAGCUGCGUGCUGACAUCAUCAGUGGGCGUCUACCCUGUUCUUUUGUCACUCAUGCCCUACUAGGUUCAUAUACAGUACAAGCUGAGCUUGGUGACUAUGACCCUGAGGAGAAUCAUGGGAAUUAUGUGAGUGAACUUCGUUUCUCUCCCAAUCAGACGAGAGAACUGGAAGAGCGAGUGAUGGAACUGCACAAAACAUACAGGGGGAUGACUCCAGCUGAGGCAGAAAUUCAUUUUUUAGAAAAUGCCAAGAAGCUGUCAAUGUACGGAGUGGAUCUGCACCAUGCCAAGGAUUCUGAAGGAAUAGAUAUAAUGCUGGGAGUUUGCGCCAAUGGACUACUGAUCUACAGAGACCGAUUGCGAAUAAACCGAUUUGCUUGGCCCAAAAUCUUGAAGAUUUCUUACAAAAGGAGCAACUUCUACAUUAAGAUUCGGCCGGGGGAAUAUGAACAGUUUGAGAGCACCAUCGGGUUCAAGCUACCCAAUCACCGAGCCGCAAAGCGUUUGUGGAAGGUUUGCAUAGAACACCACACGUUCUUUAGGCUGGUUUCCCCAGAGCCUGCUCCCAAAGGCUUCCUAGUGAUGGGCUCUAAAUUCCGAUAUAGUGGACGCACACAGGCACAGACCCAGCAGGCAAGCGCCUUGAUAGACCGCCCAGCUCCCAACUUCAAGCGCUCUGCCAGCAAACGGUACACACUGUCCGAGAGCCUCGAAGGAGGAUUUUCAAGGCAAGCUGCUGUAAAUGAGAAUCACGAGUCUACAGCAGAACACUAUGAAACUACUCGUCAAGAAGGAGAGGAAGAGGGGGAGGAAGUGACCACUCCAACCAAAAUCAAGGAGCUUAAGUCGGAGCAAGAGAGCACUCCCCGGCAUAAGGAGUUUUUGGACAAGUCAGAGGAUGUCCUGCUGAAGCAUCAAGCCAGUAUUAAUGAGCUGAAAAGAACCCUGAAACAGCCAAACAGCAAACUGGUACACAGAGAACGCGGGCGGGAGAAGAGGCUACCCUCCUCCCCUACCUCUUCAUCUUCUAAACUAGAGGACACAGAUGAGACUGGAAAAGGAGAAGAGGAGGAACCUGAUGCUGCCACUGUACAGGAUUCGGAUGUUUUCACGGAGAAAAGCUUGGCCUCGUCCCCUGAGGGCAUGGAGCAGUGGGUUUUUAUAGAGAGGACAGCCGAAAACUCUUAUACAUCAUUUGAAGAAGUGCCAAAACACCAGACUGUCCAAAUUUCUGGACAUGAUAUGUGCCCCACAAAGGAAGAUCACCUCCAAAAAGACCAGCUUCAAACUGAUAGGGAGGAAAGAGAAAUCGUGGACCUAACAGAAGAGCGAGGUAGCGAGAAAGCAGUGGUAGUGAAAAAAGGAAUGGAGAGAAGAAUCAGGUUAACGCAAAGGGAGGAACGCCUGGUGAUGGUGACCAGCGAAUGGGAUAAAGUGGAAAACAGAGCAAGGACAGCACCAGAUGGUGCACCUGCCGAGGACAACAGAGAAUGGGCAAUCAAGUUGGAGAAUGUAAAACAAGGCCAUGCCCGGAGCAAGGGAGAAGCAUCAGAUCCAACAGUAAUAAAGGAAAUAGGAGGAGAAGAACUCUCCAUGAAGAAGAUAGGGAGAGGAGUAGUGGCAUUUGAAUCAUCAGAAAGAUCUCAUGACAUGAGCAGAACCUUUGUAGCGUUUGGGGACAGCAGGCGUGUCAUUGUGUGUGAAGAAGAAGAAGAAGCUGAAGACAGUGCUGAUGAUACAGAAGGUGAGUGGCACAAUGAGGUCCAGUGGGAUGAGCAACAGAAGCCUUUAAUAUGGUGUGAGAGUUCUGGAUACCAACAGCUUGAGAAAGCAGAAAUCCCAGAGGAUAUGAACAUCGCUGCAUUAUCCCAUCAAAAACAUGGGUUAUCACAUACUGUUAUAUAUAAUGACAGAAAAGACGAGAGCCAGCGGGAUGAAACAGCAAAGAAAAUGUUACGGGAAUAUGUCACAACUGAUAUUCUGAUGCCAGAUGACCACAUUGAAGAAAUGAUAGAAGAAGGCCAAGCAACAAGCACAGAUAGUGAUGAAGAGGCUGGAACGUCUCGAUUGCCAAGUGAACCACUGUCUUCAAGUGUACAAAUGACAGCUGAAAGGGGCACAGAUGAUUUACCAUUGGAAGAUUGGGGUCCACCAGUGCUUCAUUUUAUGCUACCAACAAUUAUACCAUUACCAGUGACCAUUCCCAGGGAGCGGGGUCAUCAGGAGUUAGCUGCAGAUAGUAACCAGAGUGAACGAAUUCUUCUCCAACCGAAUCCGAGGCAUCAUGCUUCCCCUUAUCAGGAAGGAAAUAUCAGUCCAGCUGAAUCCACAACUGACACUCCUGGGGACCUGUCUUCUCCGGAUUCUGGCUGUGAAAUAACACUCACAGAUGUGGCGAGUCAACCUCUCGAACCAACAUCCUGGGAGGAAAGGGAUAUCCCAUCUGCCCUCAAAGAUGUCUCCCUGCCGGACCAGGGUUAUAGGAAAUCCGGGAUUGUCCUUUUUCAGAGAGUGAGCAGCAGGGAAGCAGAGGAAGGACGGACAGGAGGCGAGGAGGAACAAAGUGCAGGGCUUCUAAAAGAAAACCAGCUGAGCAUUGAGAGGAAGUGCUCAAGCAUAACAGUCAGCUCUACAUCCAGCCUAGAAGCAGAGGUGGACUUCACUGUCAUUGGAGAUUACCACUCCAACGUAGGCUUUGAAGACUUCACCCGCAGCCUACCCGAGUUGCACAGAGACCAGGGAGAUGGGUCCGGCGGUACACCUGAAAAUAAUCCUGCAACAGCUCCCCAGAAUGCACAUGAGGACGACAGGCUGGAAGAGGAGACAACAGAGGUGGAGACAGCGGAGUCACAGCUGAAGCCAGUGCAGAAAGAGGUCACCACCAGUGUGACUACAGCAAGCAGGACGGAUGGAGAGAACAUUACGCAAAUACAGAUCACCACAACGCAAACCACUCAGGUGGAUGGGAAGAAGGAUGUUGUCAGCAGCCAAACUGCAACCUCUCCGACAGUAACUCCAGUGCAGGCUGAGCAGAGUGCGACAGGCACGGUGGGUGAGGAGCUAGCACGUGCAGCAUCAUCUGGUGAGCCGCUACAAGCUGAUGUCUCUCGCACCCAACACGUUUCCUACACUGCAAAUAUCAGCCAUGCAGCCACAUCAGAAACAUUGUCCUCCUCCACAACUACUCAUGUGACCAAGACAGUGAAAGGUGGAUUCUCUGAAACCAGAAUAGAGAAGAGGAUCAUUAUUACUGGGGACGAAGAUGUGGAUCAAGAGCAGGCUCUAGCCAUGGCUAUAAAGGAAGCAAAGUUGCAACACCCAGAUAUGCUGGUCACCAAGGCAGUGGUGUACUGUGAGACAGAGCCUUCUCCUGAGGAACCUGGAGAGAAAGAACAGCAAUCUUGACCUUGGAUUUUGGAUGCAAAUCCUCCCAUACAUCUCCCUGUCUCUGUCUCAUAAAAUAAGGACUGCCUCUCCCUUCCCUGAUCCUACACCACACGCCAGCUGCAAAACCUUAAACCGGCAAGGGACAUCUGAAAUCAUUCUGACAUCAUUCCCUGAAAGAGAGAGAAAGACUUGUUAUCCUUUCAGUGAGCAGAAUGACGUCUCUUAAGAGUGAAGAGAACAAUAAGACACUUCCUUCUUCUGCAUCACCCCAAAGCUCCUCUUCUGAGAAGCAUGCCUAGCAAUGCGUGAAUGCAUGUGGCAUCUGCAGGGUCCAUUUUAUCUGCUCUACUAAGGAAUUUGUGAUUUGAAUUACUAACGUGUCCUCUGAACGUAAUCCCUUAACGCGCUACAGAGGACUCCAGCAACAAAAGGGUUAACAAUUUAUCAUGAACUCAUCCUUCUCUGAUGACUUUCAUCCAGGAAAUCUCUGAUAUAGAUACUUAGUGCUGUCUGAUCAUGUCCUAAUAAUCUGCAGUCAAGACUUUACUCUGCUUUAGGUAGAAUUACAGCAGUUGAGUCUGUUCUAAUAAUAGGAUGUCAAUCAACCCUGUUUUCGUUUAGUCUCUCUGGUAUUCCGAAUUCCUGCCCUGCACAGCUAGCAAUAUGGGGAAUGGAAGUAAAGUAAGGUUUUCUAAUAAUGUCUGCAUACAGAUCUUUGGACCCGGCCAGUAGGACUUUGUGCACAAUUAACCCACUCGCUGCCGGCUGUGGAACCAGAAGAUGUCCCUGCUAGUUAGGGGAUAGGUUGAGCUUUGUGUGUGAAAGAGUUAAUAUGGUACAGGGGGAGGCCUGACCCACUGCAAUGCUGUGCUCUCCCCCAGUCCCUCCUCUUCCCUGCACCAUGAUCACAGCUCUAUAGCCAAUAAAAACAAAGUCAGUGUGACAUGUGACUCUUUCCUUAUUGUGCUUGUCAGUCUUUUCACAUUUAUCCCCAGAUAGAGCAGCCAAUAAAUUGAAUACUAACCUUGGUGGUAAAAUCUUGCCUAUGAUGUUACAUUAGUUUUACUGAAGAAUUCUUUCACUAUUUCAGCUUUUGUAGAACUAAAUAUUCCAGCAUGCCCUGUCUGCCUGUUCUACAUAUGAAAUGCUGAGUGCAUACAGUAAUUGCUGCAACACCAGGGGAUAUAGACAACAGCUGGCCAUUAUAUUGAGGACCCCCUUGUGCGUAUGAACCAUUAUUAACCAAUAUGUGCCCACUUAUUAAUCAUUACACAGGCCUUGUGGAAAUACGAAAUUGUCUUGAAAAACUAUGGAAAUUCUGAAAUCUAACAAUGCUAUUGUUUGUGUUCAUCAAAUACAGGGUUAUAUUUAUAGGUGACACUGCUGCAGGCAUUUUGACUUAAUACCCUAAAUUCAAUGUAUACUUUAUAAACCUCUGUCUGUCAUACCUGGUGGUUGAUAAUAAAGUGAAAAGGAAAAAUAAAACAAACGAGGCUUCUCAAUUAAAUGUGA